AUGCUUCUCACUGACAUCUCAAACAUUUCUUUCUUUUUUUUUUUUGGUGCUUUUGCAGUGAGAGCAGUUUGUGCAAAAACUGUAAAAGGCCAGGCCACUUCGCUAGAGAAUGCCCCAAUGUGGCCAUUUGUCACAAUUGCGGUCUUCCUGGAUCCACUUCACAUGCUUAGCUGCAUCUUUGUAUGUUUGGUUGUGAAAACUGCAAUGCACAUCGCAUCAGAAUGCACCACGAAAUCCCUGUGCUGGAACUGUCGUGAGCCGGGCCACAUGGCUGGAAACUGCCCGAACGAGGGCAUUUGCCACACUUGUGGCAAGGCCGGUCACCGUGCCCGUGACUGCUCAGCUCCUCAGCUGCCACCUGGCGACCUGAGGCUGUGCAACAACUGCUUCAAGCAAGGCCACAUAUCGGCUGACUGUACCAACGACAAGGCGUGCAAGAACUGUAGGAAAACGGGCCACCUCGUACGUGACUGCACAAACGAGCCCGUCUGUAACCUUUGUAAUGUGUCCGGGCACGUGGCCAGAAGCUGCCCCAAGGCUGGAAUGCUCGACGAGAGGGGUGGGGCCCGCGGGGGAGGGUAUUUGCGGGAUAUUGUGUGUAGGACAUGUCAGCAGGUGGGACACAUCAGCAGAGAUUGUACGUCGAUUGUUAUAUGCCAUAAUUGUGGGGGGAGAGGCCACAUGGCGUUUGAGUGCCCGUCCGGGAGGUUUGUUGACCGUUUUCCCAGGAGGUAUUAGCUUCUUGAGUGUGAUGUGAUGUUUUGUUAUUUGUAUGUUUCGGCGAAAAAGGAUGGUUUUUUUUUUUUGGUUUUAGCAUGAGACGAGGAUGUUUUAUUAUCUUGACACGGACUUGUUUUGAUUUGCGCAGUGGUAAUGUGAACUUUAUAGUGAACUGUUGGGAUAUGCUUUAAGGGUCUUGUACUAUUGAUGUUUUAAUGUAUUGAGAGAUGGGGAUGUCAAAGGUGGAACGGCAUGCUCUAGAAUGANNUUUUUUUUUUUUUUUUUUUUUUUCCGAAACGAUAGGAAGCUCUUAUAAAUAGACCGAAUAGUAGUUCAAGUACAAUCACAUU